UAUAUUUCAUAAAAUGAAUGUAUGUUCCAAUUUUGCAUUGUCCUUGACAGGUAGUUUCCAUGAAUGCAGAAAUUGUGGUCGAGAAAAAAAGUUUCAUCGUCUUGACUUCGAAAACAACAACAUUGAGUACGUCUAAAAGACUAACAACAACAACAAUGCUGGUAUCAGCUUUUCCAUUAAUUCAUUAGCCAAAUUCUAAUAGGAAAAACUGUAACAAGUGGCUGCUUAAAAUUAAGUUGGAGAAGAUGAUUUAAAAGCCAAAGCCUGUAAUAACUUUGUAUUAGCCCUUGUUGGAUAGUUUCAUUAAUGUGGCAAUUGCAAAAUAGACAAAAAAUAUCAUACAUUUGACACAGCGGGCUAAAUAGCUUAUCAACCCAAAUCAUAAGUAUCUAAGCCAGCUUAAUAGACUUAAUCAUAAACUAAAAUUACAGCUGUUGCUGGUAUUACACAUAUAUAUAUUGUUUGUAGAAGUUGUUCAGGAAACAAUGAUGGUCCAUUCCGUAAAAGAUAGAAUUGCUUAAAUGAAUAAAAAAGGGUAAAGUACAAAUGAAGCUCCCUUCAGACCAAGUGUGAAAAGGGAAGAAGUUUAAGAAAAACUCCCUGGGUAGGCUGAAAUAGUCACCGAAUAAGUUUUCACAACCGUAUCUGAUAAAAAGAGUGUUUUCGACAAAUAAAGAGUCAGAAAAACUAUAGAAUAAUCCACAUAGCAAAUCAGAGAGCAAUAGAACUCAGAGGGAAUUAGAAAAGCUGAAUCAUAAUUUAUUACAUCAUCAGAAAAUACACAGGAAUAGUAAGAAUAAUUAAUAGAAAAUCAAAAUGAAAACUAAGAAAAUCAAUAAAAAGAACCAGAAUAAGAUCAAAAGGUUGAAUCCUAAGAAGAACAAUAAUUGGCUGAAGAUGACUAAGCCCAAGAAUAACAAUAAUAAUAUCAAUAAGAAGAAUACUAAUAAUAAGAAUAAGAAGAAUAAUAAUAAGAAUAAUAAGUUGUACCAUAGUAAGAAGAACAAGUUGAAUCUAAUCAUUAAGAAUAAUCAGAUAAUCUAAACGAGUAGGUUGAAGAAUCCUAAUAGCAAAAUAAUCAACAUCUUGAUGAACCACAAGAUGUCCAGGAGUAAUAGGAAGCUAAUGAUGUUUAUUGAAC